GUAUUGAAUUAAGAAGAUUUUAUUAAUUGUAUAUUCGAUAUAAUUCCAUGAAAGAUUAUUUCUAUACAAUAUUUGUACAGCACUUCCCCGUGACUGCCAUGACUUUCAUCUUAAAGGUCAGAUAGUAUUCGGUGUUAACCAAAUUUAUCCUUUUGAUAAUACUACAUCAAUCAAUGUUCAAUGCAAGAUGGAGAACAAUGACGCAUGGACGGUUAUCCAGCAACGGCGGAGUGGAUUAAGUUUUCGUAGAAUGUGGACGGAGUACAAAAACGGAUUCGGCAAUGUGGAGGACUCCUAUUGGUUUGGAAAUGACGUAAUACAUCAACUUACCAAGGGAAGGAACUCCUCCCUCUACGUCUCCAUCACACUGACCAAUGGGACAAAGCUCUAUGAAUUAUACAAUCAGUUCUCUGUUGCUGAUGAAGCCAACAAAUACAGACUCUUUCUUGGAGGUCCAGCUACCGGGAUCCUGGGUGAUGCUAUGCUAGACACCGGCGAUCCUGAUGAAGAUCUGUCCGGGGUGGCGUUUUUCCGCCCCGGACGGAGACAACGACGGAUAUAA